UCAGAUGGUUUUACUAUCAGUUGAUUCUAACCAACACAGUACAAUCCAAACAUGAAGGUCCUUAUUGUUCUUGCUCUGGCCACUGUAGCAGCAGGUGACAAUGCUCCCAGAUACGGAUAUGCACCUGCACCAGCUUAUGCUCCUGCACCAUCUUAUGGUCAUGCUGCUCCUGCCUAUGCCGAUGAGACACCAGUCUAUGCCUUCAACUAUGGUGUAGCUGAUGAUUACUCUGGAGCUACCUUCAACCAUGGUGAGAACAGGGAUGGAUAUGCCACCUCUGGAUCCUAUUCUGUUGCUCUUCCUGAUGGCAGAAUCCAGACUGUCAACUACAAGGUUGAUGAUGCUUACAGUGGAUAUGUUGCUGAUGUUACCUACUCUGGAGAGACCAAGUAUGCUUCUGCUCCUGCUCCAUACAAGGCUGCUCCUGUCUACAAGGCUGCUCCCAUCUAUGCCCCUGCUCCUGCUUACGCUCCUGCCCCUGCCUACAACCCUUCCCCUGCCUACAACCCUGCCCCAGUCUACCAUGGAUAAGUUAACUCACUUCAGUUUAUUUAUUUAUUUAUGAAAUAAAUAAAAAUAAUACAACUUGCA